UUUUCAUGAGUUUGCAUGCACUGGGAGAUCUGGAGGGAGGGUCUCUGAGUGCAAGCAGGGUUUUUAUGUCUUGGUUUUCAUUCAGUGGAUGCUCAGUGGCCCUUGAACAGCUUGGAUUUAACUGUUGACCGGCUGGAUAACAGGUGGUGCUUGGGGGAACAGUGAGAGCGCUGUGUGGAGUGCUGCUGCUGCACGCUGAGACACUUGCAGGACUGUUGCAGGAGCCAGCAGCAUGUUGAGGCUCCAGACGUGGUUGCUUCUCCUGGUCCUCUAUGCGGGGAGCUUGGAUGCCUGGUUGUGGUUUGCAGUCCCAAAGACCACCACAGAGGCCCCAGUGCAGAUGAACGUAACGGGGACGACGCCAGCAGCAACGACAGGUGCCAACACGACAGUCAAUGGCACGCAGGCGAAGGAAGAGGAGGAGGAUGACAACUUAUCCGGGGUUGGGGAAGAAAUCAUCACCAUGGCCACAGGAACCCGUAAGUCUGUCGAGGCGUGGGACGUGACCCCGACCGCCAGGACUACUACUAACGGAGGCCUGACAGAGAAGGUGGAGAGCGCUAACCCUAACAUGACGGAGGAGAGCGGCGUCUCUUUGCUCCAGCUAAUCGGAGACCCUCCACCGAAUGAGAUCAGCAGGGUCUACGGGCCGAGGGGGGAGACCGCCUACACCUUCACCCCUGCGGUGGUGUCAGGCCAGCCGGCUGUGGCCCAUGUCCCCAACCCUUUCCACCGCCAUUUCUCCCUCCUCUUCCACGUGAAGCCCUCCACUCCCGCCGCCUCCGUCCUCUUCUCCAUCACUGACGGGCACCAGAAGUUCAUGUACAUCGGCGUGAAGCUGAGCGCAGUGCAGUCCGGCCGCCAGAAGGUGCAGUUCUUCUACACGGAGCCCGACUCCGAGGCUUCGUACGAGGCGGCUAGCUUCGUCGUGCCGAGCAUGGUUGACACGUGGAGUCGCUUCUCGCUGUCUGUCUUCGAGGACCAGGUUACUUUCUACCAGGGCUGCGACUCGGAGCCGCAGAUGGUGAAGUUUGAGCGGUCGCCGGAUCCCAUGGAGCUGGACCCGGGGGCGGGGAUCUUUGUGGGCCAGGCAGGAGGAGCUGACACCGACAAGUUCCAGGGUGAGAUUGCAGAUCUGAGGGUGGUGGGAAACCCUCGGGCAGCUGAGCGCCUGUGUGACGACGAGGACGACUCAGACGCUGCCUCUGGUGACUUUGGCAGCGGCGAAGGCGACAGGAGACAAUCAGGACACUCUGGACACACUGUGAAGACCACACCUGCCUCCUUCCGGCCAGUCCCUGAACCCCCUCUGAUUCCCUCACAUGGAACCACCGUCAAAGAAACAGAUAUCAGGUUCCCGCAGCCGUCAGUGGACAUCAGCCGACACGGAUCACCAGGCCCAAGAGGUCCCGGCGGUGCGAAAGGGGAGAAAGGUGACAGAGGAGUGAAAGGAUCGAAGGGGGACAUCGGCCCUGCAGGACCGAAGGGAGACUCAGGCUCCAGCUCGGGCUCCUCUGGCUCCUCCUCUCAGGGCGGAGAGCGAGGACAGAAGGGAGAAAAAGGUGCAAAGGGUAACUCUGGCUUCGGAUACUCCGGCAAUAAAGGGGAGCGUGGGCCUCCGGGCCCUCCAGGGCCUCCAGGGCCUGCCGGACCUGCAGCCGAGGUGGUUCGACUCGGGGACGGCUCUGUUGUGCAGCAGGUGUCUGGACCGCCUGGACCACCGGGACCACCAGGGGCAGAGGGACCCGCAGGACCCCGAGGAGGAGAUGGAGAGCCUGGUGAUCCAGGAGAGGAUGGAAAAGCUGGUCCCGCCGGGCCACGAGGUGUCCCAGGAACUCCAGGAACUGCUGGUGCCAAAGGCGAAAAGGGCGAGCGUGGAGAGGGUCAGCCAGGACCCAGAGGCCCCCCGGGUCUCCCAGGACCUCCUGGACCUGGCACUGGAGACCAUCCGACAUUUGUGGACAUGGAGGGCUCAGGAUUCCCAGACUUGGAGAAACUGCGGGGGUUCCGUGGUCCUCCAGGCCCGCCAGGCCCUCCUGGCCCUCCUGGGCUCCCUGGGACUUCAGUGGCGCUGGGGCCAAACGGUCCAGUAGCUUUCGGACCUCCUGGACCACCUGGACAGGAUGGAGCUCCCGGUCUACCUGGCCCUCCUGGUCCCCCUGGUAGACCCGGUCAACCAGGAAUCGGAGGCGUGAAGGGUGACUCCGGUGAGCUCGGUCUUCCAGGUGCGGCCGGAGAGAAGCAAAGCUCGCAAGACUCCAACUUUUUCACGGGCCUGUUUUCUUACUUUGCUCCAUCCUCUACGGGUGCUCAGGGUGACCUCGGACUGCCAGGUACACCAGGACAGACUGGGCUGGCAGGGCUUCCAGGUCCAAUGGGACCAGUUGGACCUCCAGGACCUCCUGGGCCGCCGGGGCCACCGUACCGUGCUGGUGACCUGGAUGGAUAUGAGGGCAACAAUGGCUACUCUGGUCUUCCUGGCCCACCUGGUCCACAGGGUCCACCUGGUAUUCCAGGUCUGCCUGGUCGGUCAGGUCUGCCGGGUACUCACGGAGACAAAGGAGCAGAGGGACCAAGAGGACCUCCUGGGAUGCCAGGUCUGGACGGGUUCACAGGACAGCCGGGUGAAAAAGGAGACAGAGGAGAGAAAGGAGAGAUGGGUCCUCCAGGGCGAGAUGGCGGGCUACCUGGCCCUCCAGGGCCUCCCGGACCUCCAGGACAAGUCAUCCAAACCAGCGAUUAUAAUGACGUAUAUUGGAACGAAGGGUGGCAGGGAGGACAUGGUGUCCCGGGCCGAGCAGGAUUCCCAGGGCCCUCAGGACCAAAAGGAGAAAAAGGAUCCCCCGGUCCUCCAGGAUACGCACCUAAAGGGCAGAAAGGAGAGCCUGGUAUCAUCAUGGGACCCGAUGGGAGACCUCAGUACCUCGGCGGUCUGGCAGGACGGCCGGGUGACAGUGGACCCCCCGGCCCUGUGGGACCUCCAGGUCCACAUGGUCCUGCAGGCCAGAAGGGAGAGAUUGGGUUCCCAGGUAGACCGGGUCGGCCGGGGCUGAACGGCGCCAGAGGAGAGAAGGGAGACUCAGGAGGCUUGGGAGCUGGAUCUGCUUACCCUGGUCCUCCAGGUCCACCGGGCCCCCCCGGACCUCCUGGACCGUCAAUUCCCUACGACAGAAUCAGAUCAUUUGAGGAUUACGCCAGAUACUUCCCAGCUGUUAAAGGAGAGAAAGGCGAUCCAGGCCCACCAGGGACAGUUGAUAUUUCAGGUGCCGGGCCAAACGUUGAUAUUUACACUUUAAGAAAUGAGUUGAAAGGUGAAAGAGGCGAUGCGGGCCUUAAGGGAGAGAAAGGAGAACCAGGUGGAGGAUAUUAUGACCCCCGCUAUGGAGGCAGCGGCGUCGGAGCCCCGGGAGCGCCUGGACCUCCUGGUCCUAGAGGCGACUCAAUCAUCGGCCCACCAGGCCCUCAGGGGCCACCAGGUCCACCAGGAAGAGGCUACGAUGGGCAACCUGGACCACCAGGGCCGCCCGGACCUCCAGGAGGAUCCUUUUCUGGUGCUAACAGGGGCACACAGACUAUCAAUAUUCCUGGACCACCGGGACCACCGGGACCACCUGGACCUCCUGGACAACCUGGACACUCCUCAGGGGUGACAGUGUUGAGGUCGUAUGACACCAUGACAGCCACCGCUAGACGACAGCCUGAGGGCUCUCUGGUUUACAUCAUAGACCAAACUGAUCUCUACUUACGGGUCAGAGAUGGAGUUCGUCAAGUUCAGCUCGGGAACUACAUUGCUUUGCCCCCUGAGGAUGGUAACGAGGUUGCAGCUGUGGAGCCCCCGCCAGUUGUCCCCUACUCCCCAGACCACCCCUCGCACGUCGACACUUCCUCACACGACUCCCAGAGGCCACCUGAGAGUCCGGUUCACCCCGGCUCUGAACAUCACACACACCUAGACCACCACCAUACAACACACACUGACCCUCGCUACCCAUCGAACCCUGAUCCUCGAUACCCAACCCACUAUGAUCCCAGAUACCACCCUGAUACACGAUACCAGCCGGAUCCUCGGUACCCAGCACCCACAGAUCCACGCUUUCCAAGUUACUCAGACCGUUUAAAUCAACCAGACGGUAGGACUACUGUACAUUCACCCCACCAGCGCCCUGGGUAUUCGGACACUCGCUACCCAGUCACUCCUCAGCGACGACCACCUCCUCCUGUACCCCAGACUCCAGUCCACCAUCAUACCUCAGGUCCAGGGCUCCACCUCAUGGCCCUGAACAGCCCUCAGACUGGCGCGAUGCGGGGCAUCCGCGGUGCAGACUUCAUGUGCUUCACUCAGGCUCAGGCCAUCGGGAUGAAGGGAACUUUCCGAGCCUUCCUGUCCGCCAGACUCCAGGAUCUCCACAGCAUCGUCCGCAAGGUCGACAGGGACCGUUUGCCAAUAGUCAACCUGAAGGAUGAGGUUCUGUUUGACAGCUGGGACGCCAUCUUCAACAAUGGCAGAAUAAAGGACAACGUGCCAAUCUACUCCUUUGAUGGCAAAGACGUUCUCAGUGACAACACAUGGCCGGAGAAGAUGAUGUGGCACGGGUCAACCAGCGCCGGGCGGGGGCACGUCGACAGCUUCUGUGAGACGUGGCGUGUAGGUGACCAGGCGCUGACUGGCAUGGCGUCGUCGCUACAGAGCGGCAGUCUGCUUCAGCAGAGCUCCAGCAGCUGCUCCAGCUCCUACAUCGUACUGUGCAUCGAGAACAGCUACGUCAGCCACGCCAAAAGAUAGACACACACAUACACACAACACUGGACAAAGCGAAACCCCAAAGCAGUCAGUCAUGCUUUUGUCCUCACACACUUCUCUGUCUAUUGUAAAUAUGUUUUUUCUUAUGAAUCAUUAGUUUAUGUGUGUUAGCCCCUCCUAUAUGGUGCUAUACAGGAUUAUCCCACAUGAUGAACCUAAGGUAAGCUCAGGUGACGUUCAGUAACACACCCUCCAGGAGCCAUAUUGGAAGUCCACACCUUUAAAGGUAACAGUGUGUUUCCAAAAGGGCAGCUUUGUUGUCUGUAAACAUGAAAGCGUAGUUUCUUGUCUCUUGUCUCACAACAGCAAACUCUCUUAUUCUUCUUCAUGGGUCCAGACUGGUGCUAUGCUAUUGUUCCGAUAGCCCAUUAUUCCUGAAACCAAAUCUAGCAGCUAUCAACGAUGGUAAGCGUAAGCGUCUUCCAUAGAUCCGUCAGUCCAUGAUCAGCCUUCUUCACCCCUUGGUCUGGAAGUAGAAGCUGGUAGCAGUGGCUACCAAAAACAUUAAAAGGUGUUUCCUGUUACUUAAGCUGCUGUUGCCUGUCAUUUAGAUAACCAGUUCUGGGAACAACUGCUUCUCCUCACCUACCAAAAUUUGAGCUGUGCCAGGUCGUCUGGCUGAAGGUCAGCUACACUAGAAGAGAUUAUGCCAGGUCAUUUACACUAAACUAUAUGUGUUACAAUAUUUCGGGAGAUCCAGUGCAGCCAGUGGAUAUUUCGGCUAAUCUCUAUAAACAGAUAUGUGCAUAUGUAUGCAGAUAAAUGAAAGUCAGACUGUGCAUUUGCAGCUAUGUGUGAAUGUUGGGGUUAUUAAUAACUGGUAAUCGCAUGUAAGGCUAGUUAGCUUGCAAAUUAUUUUUUACCUGGGGUCUUCUGUUGCCGGUUAUCGAUAGGAUGUGUCUGAAAGUCAGAGAGUCAGUCGUGGAGGUAGACAACAUUUCAUCCUCCACAUAUCCAGCCAGCAUUAGUUCUUUGUCGCUUGUAGCCUGCAGCUCUCCAUGAUUAAAAUCUAGCUUUGGUUGCUCAUCUUUGGUGGGGUGUAUUUCCUGGAGCUUAACGCUGUUACGCUGUCAUUGAAGGUGUUUCGGGAGGUUUGACGUCGUGUUUUUCUCACUGAAAGAAUCUUAGUAUGGCUACCUGGAACAACAAUGUCCUUGUCAUCUUUCUUCCUGACGAAAUCUUGCUUGGUGCUUUGUGACGUGUAUGUGUGCAGGUUAUGAAAAUGAAUGCGGGAAUGUGAUUAAUUGUUGGAUUUCAAAUCAGUCGUGGGGUGGUAACAAAAGUAAGGUUGUUACGAGUUAUUUGCUUUUGGAGUAACUGAAACUGGCGUAGGCAUGAUCCAGCCAACUCUGCCUCUGAUUGGCUUACCCGAACCCAAACCAGUCUCAGUCGUUGUGCUUAAACCUAACCAACCCAACAACCAACAAACGCGAAGAGAACUAGCCAAUCAGAGGCAGAGUAGGUCACCAUAGGAAGGUCAGAUGAUGCGAAUACUGCAUAAUAAUUAGCCUUGUGCUUCUGUUUCGGAGGAGUGGGUGUUUGUUUUUGGAAAAAUGGGACUUUUUUUGGACUAGCCUAUUGGGCUGUCUGAAUAAUGGGCUAUCGGAACAAUGGGAACCCUCCAGCCUAGAGAAACUAAAAUUAUCUCAGCAAGGGAUAUACCACUGUGAUCAUACGUAGGAAUUAUGUCUGAAUUUCCACAAAGAACUGUGUAAGUGACGAACUCUUAAAACAAGGUAGAUUUAAUGUUUCCAUGUCUUCCUGUCUGCGUUUAACCAAAACUGUCGUGCUAAUACUAACUGACCAAAGCUACAACUCUAGUGCCUGAAAGCAGUGUUAAUAGUGACUUCAAACUGUGGCUUCAUUGACUUUUUAUAUGCAGUAUUUGAGUGGCAAAUACUCAGUUGAGUAUUGGUGCGGUCAUCAACACAUUUCAGCGUCCAAGAGCAACAUAAACAUGAAACGUACAUGAAAUGUAUGUUUUUUAACUUCUUUUCCUUUACACUGAUGUUAUCUGUAACCCAUAGCACUUGAGUAAUAGCCUUUUUUAUUUUGCGACUGUCUUGCAAGGGAAGAUGUUUUCAGAUCGUAUUUUUAGCAGUAACAAAAGGGAUAUUUAUUUUUUAUAAACCGUGCAUUUUCUAGUAUAAUGUGUGACGAGAAUAAUAACGUUUCCAAAUGUAUCCAUGUGCGAACCAAAGAAACUGUAAAAGACUGCAAACCCUACACGAGGAUGUGUAAUGCUUAUUGAAAACUGAUAAAGGGCAAGUUUCCCAGUGAUAGAAAGUUUGUACACAUAGUAAGCAAACACGUUUAUGUACAGAUAAUCUGGAUAGGAUUCAGCCAUAUAUGUUUGUCUAUGCACUGUUGCUUUUGUUUAUGCUUUUUAUUCCAGAACAGUAAAUGCACUGCAGCUAGCUUACAGUGGAGAGGAUACGAACACUGGGGUGAAACAUCAUCAUUCAUUAGUUUCAGUCUGAAGUGGAGAAUAAAGUGACGUUUUCAUGUACUAACAGUGCCGUAAUAAAUGCAAUAAGAUUUGUAUUAUCUGUUUUUCUCCUUGUGUGAGCAACAUUUUGAAAUGCUGCAUCUCACUGAAUAAACCUGUGUGGAAAAUGCGA